UCUACAUAUCUUCCUACAUAAACCGUAGAGCACCACCAUAUUUCUUGUUCAAAACCAACUAAAAGAAAGAAAGGAAAGACACUAUAUAGUCAUGGUUCACCACAAGUUUCUUCUCCUCUCUUUUGUUAUAACUCUAGCAGCCAUUCAAGGAAUCCAUGCAGUUGAUUACGUUGUCACCAACACCGCCGCAAACACUACGGGUGGGUCACGCUUCAAUAACGAAAUAGGGUCUAAAUACAGCAAGCAAACACUGACAAACGCUACAAAUUUCACAUGGAAAAUCUUCCAGCAAAAAACUACUGCAGAUAGAAAAAAGGUAGCAAAAGUGAGCUUGUUCAUUGAGGACAUUGAUGGUGUCGCAUAUGCUGUCAACAACGAGAUUCAUGUCAGCGCCAGAUACAUAGCUAGCUAUUCAGGUGAUGUGAAAAGGGAGAUUACAGGAGUGCUUUUCCAUGAAAUGACGCAUAUAUGGCAGUGGAAUGGUAAUGGACAAAGUCCUCCAGGAGGAUUGAUUGAAGGAAUUGCAGAUUUUGUGAGGUUGAAGUCAGGGUAUGUGCCUAGCCAUUGGGUGCAGCCAGGUAAAGGUGAUAGAUGGGACCAUGGAUACGAUGUUACAGCUAGGUUUUUGGACUAUUUAAAUGGUCUUAGAAAUGGAUUUGUGGCCGAUUUGAACAAGAAAUUGAGGACUGGUUACAGUGCUAAUUACUUUGUUGAGCUGCUUGGGAAGACUGUUGAUCAGCUCUGGAGUGACUACAAGGCCAAGUAUGGCAACUAAGCAAGGGCUAUGAUUAAGAGCUUACUGAAUUGAAAUGAAUAAAUUAUAGAAGUAUCCUUUUUACUCCGAUGACUGCUUCUAAUAACAUUCUGUAAUAAACAAAU